UUUUAUUAACAAAAACAAAAUUUUAUCGUACAUUAAAAACCACCAAAAACAAUGUAAAUAUAUUUAGCAAUUUGGUAAAUUAAUUUUGUCUUGCAGUAAUUCACAUGAAUCCCCAACAAUUUUUCUCAUGCAAACAACAAAGUGGGGUCCUAAUUCUUUUGAUUUGCCACUUCUCUCGCCAGCCCUUGCUCUUUUGUUCUCUUCACUACAUCCAAACUCCCCAAGAAUCUCUCUUUCUCCUCUCUUCUCUCUUCUCUCACCUCUUAUUAUUUUCCUCUGAAUUAAGAGAAUCAUCGUUACGAAAAUGUUGAAGAAAGCAACAUAUCUUCCAUUGAAUCUUUCACUUGCUCCUUUGCUUCUUCUUCUUGUUUUCCUUCUCUCGUGUGUUGUUCAUGGCAUCCACGAGAAGAAGAUUCUCCGAGUACACAACAGCAUCUGGUCUCCCAAGAAAUCAUACGAAGCUUCGAGUUCAUGUUUCUCUCGCAGUCUUGGAAACGGAAAAGAAUCCACCACAUUGGAGAUGAAACAUAGAGAAAUUUGCUCAGGAAAGACUAUAGACUGGGGUAAGAAGCUGAGAAGAACCUUAGUUUUGGAUAACAUUCGAGUUCAGUCACUUCAACUCAGAAUCAAAGCACUGACCUCAAGCCGCACCACCGAACAAUCUGUUUCCGAAACUCAGAUUCCGUUAACCUCAGGGAUAAAACUUGAGACUUUGAACUACAUCGUUACAGUUGAAUUAGGAGGGAAAAACAUGAGUUUGAUCGUUGACACUGGAAGCGACUUGACUUGGGUCCAAUGCCAGCCUUGCAGAUCAUGUUACAACCAACAAGGUCCUCUGUAUGACCCAUCAGUCUCAUCUUCUUACAAGACGGUUUUGUGUAACUCAUCCACUUGUCAGGACCUUGUAGCAGCUACCGGCAAUUCAGGCCUUUGUGGAGGUUACAAUGGCGUCGUAAAGACAAAUUGUGAGUACGUUGUCAGCUAUGGAGAUGGAUCAUACACUCGAGGAGACUUGGCAAGUGAAAGCAUCUUAUUGCGAGACACAAAAAUCGAAAACUUUGUCUUUGGUUGUGGCCGAAACAACAAAGGUCUGUUUGGGGGAGCCUCUGGUUUAAUGGGUUUGGGAAAAAGCUCAGUCUCUUUAGUCUCCCAAACUUCGAAAACUUUCAACGGAGUGUUCUCAUACUGUCUACCUUCUCUUGAGGAUGGAGCUUCUGGUUCAUUGUCUUUCGGAAAUGAUUCCUCUGUGUACAAGAAUUUAACUUCAGUGUCCUACACGCCGUUACUACAAAACCCUCAGCUUAGUUCCUUUUACAUUCUGAAUCUCACCGGUGCUAGCAUUGGUGGCGUGGAGCUGGAAACAUCAAGCUUCGGUAGAGGGAUUCUAAUCGAUUCAGGAACGGUUAUCACGAGAUUGCCACCUUCCAUCUACAAAGCUGUGAAAACAGAGUUUCUGAAACAGUUCUCCGGGUUUCCUUCAGCUCCUGGUUAUUCAAUCUUAGAUACUUGCUUUAACCUCACAAGUUAUGAAGACAUUAGCAUCCCCACUAUCAAAAUGAUCUUCGAAGGUAACGCUGAGCUCGCAGUGGAUGUCACCGGUGUGUUCUACUUUGUCAAGCCUGACGCUUCUCUGGUUUGCUUGGCCUUGGCAAGUCUGUCAUAUGAAAAUGAAGUCGGGAUCAUCGGAAACUACCAGCAGAAAAACCAGAGAGUAAUAUAUGAUACAAAACAAGAGAGGCUUGGAAUUGCAAGAGAAAACUGCAGUAUCUGAUGAUGACUACCCCAUAACUUAUAAAAACCCUUUGUGUUCCCUUCAUAUAUCAUGAAAAGCCAAAUCAUCUCUUUUGGCAAAGCCAAUUUGAAUUCUCUCACUAUUCUUAUAAAUAUUUAUGUCUGUAUCAGUAUAGCAGUAGCUUAUAAUGAAUUGUAAGAAACUAUGUUUGAUGAUCUUAUGAGGAAGGAAAAUGAUCUAAA